AUGACAUACAUUCCUAAGAAGAAGUGGUUAACUUUUUUCCCCAAAAAUAUUCGCACCUAUUCUCCCGGGAAAGCAAGUAAUUGGCAUAAUGAGGACUAUAGACUGAUAGAGAUUCACAACAGUGCCCCUUUGGUGUUCUCUCAGCCCCACUUCCUCAACGCAGAUCCGGGUAUACUUAACGCUGUGAUUGGCAUGAGACCUGACCCGGAUGAGCAUGGCACUUUCAUUGAUAUUGAACCGAGCUCAGUUGUAACAAAGGAACUCGCGGAUGAAUUCAAGUCCCAGCUUCAAAUCCCCGUGUUGGAGAUGAAUGUUGGGAUUUACGUUGCUAUCGGUGUGGGCGCUCUCAUGAUCGUUAGCGUCGUGUUAGUGGCAAUCAUUAGAAGAAGACGUCCGACCGAGAUUGCCUAUGGCACAGUCAAUGACAACUGAUGGAAAAAUAUCGUCAACUUAUUAGCAUCAGUUGUAGAACAAAUUGAAGACAAAAUUAGUCCAUACAUACAGAUAUAUCAUUUAGAUUUGGUGAAAGUAAAAUUGUUGUUCUGAAGUAGUAGACAUCAUUUUUACCUUAGAGGUCAAAAUUUGCUACUGUUGCCCUGAGGCUGUAAUGUUUCAAAAUAUUGUCUUCUUUACUCUUUGAAUACAAUUUGACUGUUACUAAAUAUCAAUAAAAUAUCUAUUUUAUUACCUACUUAUAAAAAUGAAUCAAAAUUCAUUUUGUUUUAUAUAAUAAUAAUGAUAAUGAUAAUAAUAACAAGACUAUUGCCAAGAAAUAAAAGUCCCCUACCGGUGAAAGCCCACCAUUUUCAGCAAUAUUUCGAGUCUAUAAAUUGCCAUAGCAACCAUAAUUUUUGACGUAGGAACAAAAUGAAAGGACGUGCAUAAUAUCCAUAUUGCCAUAAGUCCAUGUUUCAAGUUUCAUGAAAAAAUAUGAAGAACUUUUAAAGUUAUCGCAGGAUCCAGAAAAGUGUGACAGACUGACGCACAGAGCGCAAACCAUAAGU